AUGUUAAUACUGUCAAUCAUAGCGGCUGGAAUAAUAGCCAGUACUUGUCAAGCGACAUCACCAUUUUUUAUAGCUUCAACUGAUCCAUCAAUUGAGAUUGAUGGAAUGAGGAAUGCGAUAACGAGCAACGAUUUGAAGCAAAUAUCGAAAGACAAUCUGUGUAAUUUAGAUGCUGUUGUCGUUAUUGAGCAGCCCACGCUUAAAGAGGACGAUUUAGACAGUUUUACAAGCCAAUUCACAUUCUACGAGUCCUCUCAUAACGCUCCUCAAGCUCUGACCCAGCCUAGCGAUGCUGCCCAGCUCAUUUCAUCAACCUGCAAAUCCAGACUUCACAAGUACAAGCACGGCGAUUGGCUGGCGCGUAACUCGGUUAUCAAGGUCAAGGGAGAGCGCAGCUCACUUAAUGGCUUAUCACAAGCGAAGCGCAGAGAGUAUGUGGAUGAUCUGUUAAACAAGUUACCUUUAUUAGCAAUCCAGAGGCGAUUCUAUGAGCAUGCCAUUGUAAUCACAUCCCCCAGCGUUGGAUUUGAUUACUGGACGACGCCGUUGAUAUCGUCACUCAUUAUUAGCUUCGGUAUACUCACCCCAAUCCUAGUAUUCGCUAUCAAGGCUCUUUUGGCAAUUUCACCAACGCCCAAGCAGCCAAACUCAACACUGGCACAGAUGCCACCAAGUUCAUUAGCAGAUAAGAAGAAUAAGUAG